UUUUGGUGUGAGCAAACAACUUGUUUGAUCAUUUACCAACGUGGCUUAUCUUUCUAACUAUAAAUAAAGAGUUGUCGCAGGUCAUAGGGAUGUGUUAGUCGUCUCCAAGUUUCUCGCAGUAAAGACUCCUUCAGCACCACGAUCAGACGAAAAAAAAUGAAGCCUACCCUUAUCUUCCUGGCCAUUUGCGUUGCCCUUUCACAACAGCAAUUUUAUCAUCCACGUAUGAUGAUGGGCUAUCCCUGGAUGUCGCCAUUCGCCCAGUAUCCCAUGUUCAAUGAUUACAUGGGACAUUAUCCAUACAUGGGUGGCGUCAACGGAAAUAACAUUCACGCUAGAGUCAAGGGAUAUGACCCGUUGCCAGAGGAUUUACAAAUCGAAGAUGAUAAUCAAAAUCGAUUUUUAACUGGUAGCACCAUCGGAAAUCCCUUGUUGAAAACUGUUACGUUCACCAUCACGUCAACGUGCACGGCGUUGAGCGUCACGACUUGCGUUGCCAUCUCCAACCUAUCACCGAAUCCGGUUGCAUGCGCUGGACGAAGAAGACGAUUUGCCGAAUACAACGACGAGCAAGGUGACGACAUUGCAGCCCAAUAUCCCAUCGUUCCCAGCGAAGUCAGAAUUGUGAUGCCAACCGCAGCGCCCAGCACUGGCAUGGCCCGCAAUUCUCGCCAAUUGCCAUUUGACAUUUCUUCUUCGAUAGAAGACGACGGUGAAUCGAAUGACUUCGUCAGCACAGACAUGCAGCUACGUGGUAAACGAUUCUUCAACUGGAACGCCUUUGCUACAGGAGUUACCGUAACGAGUUGGUCAGUCAUCUCGAGCACCUUCACCUCGACGCUUGCUAUUCCUGGUGUCAGUACCGUCCUUCCCUGCUUACCAGCUGGAUACGGUGUUUGCCAACUUGCCGUUGGAAAAUAAAGCAUAGCUAAAAGGCCCAAUCGUCUAACUUAAUUUCCUCCUUCCUUGUUGGAUAUGUCUUGCAGAGUGCUCUGCAGAGAGCUCGUCUGUUCCUCAUCGCCGUUAGAAAUGACGGUUUAUACUCUUUCUUUGCUUACUUAUACAAUGAAUUGUAUCGAUUGCUUUGUUUUACCUGUUGAAUUCUCUGAAUAAAAAGGUAUCCAUGCACCAA